AUGAGGUUCGUCUCUAUUUUCUUCGCAUGGGCCCUUGCGCUGGCUUCGCAGGCCAUCGCAUGCCCGACCCGGGACGUCUCCUCUCAGAAAGUCUUCACCCACCCCGGUCUCCUUCACACCUCCAAAGACUUCGAACGCAUCAACGGGUUCCUCAAGGCCAACCGCCAGCCAUGGACGACAGGCUGGGACAAGCUCGCCGCGCGCGCCAACGCAGACUACACCGCGCGCCCCGUUGAGACUCUCUGCCGCGGCGCAGGCUCCGAGUGCACGGAGAACUACUCGCUUCUCUUCCGCGACGCGGCUGCGGCGUACGCCAAUGCCGUUCACUUCAAAAUCUCCGGCAACGAGACGCACGCCGAAGCUGCUGGUCGGAUUCUCGACGCCUGGAGCAGCACUCUCACCCGGAUCUGGGGCUCGUCCGAUAAGUUCCUCGCCAGCGGCAUCUAUGGGUAUCAGCUCGCCAACGCCGGCGAGCUUCUUCGCGACUGGAGCGGGUGGAAGGGCCUUCCGGCUCUGGUUGAUAUGUUGACCAGUGUGUUCUACCCGAUGAACCAUGAUUUCCUGGUCCGCCACAACGACGCGGCUAUCGAUCAUUACUGGGCGAACUGGGACUUGGCCAAUAUGUGUGCCAUGCAAGCCAUCGGCGUUCUGUCAGAUAACACGACCAUGUAUGAGGAGGCGAACAAUUACUUCAAGAAUGGGGAGGGCAAUGGUCAGAUCGAGAACGCGGUAUGGAAGAUCCACAAGGAGGCGGGAUCGAACAAGCCUCUUGGUCAGGGUCAAGAAGCCGGGCGUGACCAAGGACACGCUCUUCUUGACUUUGCCUUCCUCGGAGUCUUCGCGCAGCAAGCGUACAACCAGGGGGAGGACCUUUUUGGAUAUCUUGACAACAGAAUUCUGGCUGGCGCCGAGUAUGUUGCUAAGUACAACCUUGGCCACGACGUCCCGUUUGCCACUUUCACCAACAGCCAUGGCACCGCCGAAGUCAUCAGCGAAGCAGGACGUGGAGGACUUAGGCCGAUUUGGGAGUUGAUUCACAGUCAUUACGACUCUAUCAAGGGCCUUAACGCUUCCUGGUCUGGUCAAAUGCGCGACCUAGUGAACGAAGAUGCCGGUGGUGCCGAGGGCGGCGGAGGCGACUACGGCCCGAACAGCAGUGGUUACGAUCAGUUGGGCUUCGGUACCCUCCUUUACAGACUCGAGUAG